AUGCUAUUGAAAUACUACCUUCAGGUAAGCGAAUGUCUCGAGUCCCAUUUCGGACUAAGACUGGGGAAAGAAGAUAAGAUCCUCAAACUGUCUUUCCAGGAGGCAGUUUGGAAGAAGAAGAAGAAGAAGAAGAAGAAGAAGAAGAAGAAUAAGAAGAAGAAGAAGAAGAAGAAGAAGAAGAAGAAGAAGAAGAAGAAGAAGCGAUCGCUCAAGCAAGAAGUGUAG